AUGCUCCAACCCCGACUUGCCCUCCAGGGCAUUCGGCUGCCCUUUAGGUGUUUACCUACGAUUCCGACUUUUCCUGUGCGCCGUUUCGCGACUGUCGUCAAUGAACUAGAGACGUCGGCCAGCAAGGCCACUCCUCCUGCAGCCGACUUCAGCGCCUCUUUUGCUCCUCCUCCCACCCGCGACGACUCCGGAGUCCAGCUUCGCACAUACACUCCUCGUACCCCCGGUGUACGACACUUGCGGCGACCAGUCAAUGACCACCUCUGGAAAGGCCGUCCCAUCCAUCGAUUGACUUUCCCCAAGCGUGGUCACGCCAAGGGUGGUCGUAACAACAGCGGUCGCGUCACAGUCCGCCAUCAUGGUGGUGGUCACAAGCGUCGGAUACGCAUGGUGGAUUUCAUGCGGACAGACCCGGGCCCCCAUCUCGUGGAGCGGAUUGAGUAUGACCCAGGUCGCAGCGCACACAUUGCUCUGGUUCGGAGCAAGGAGACUACCAAGUUGAGCUAUAUUCUCGCCGCAGACGGUAUGCGAGCUGGAGACGUUGUGCAGAGCUAUAUGUCUGGUAUUCCCGAGGACUUGUGGCAGAGCAUGGGUGGAACUGUUGAUCCUGGUGUGCUGGCUGCCCGGACUGCCUGGCGUGGAAACUGCCUGCCUUUGCACAUGAUUCCGGUCGGCACCCUCAUCUUCAAUGUUGGCUUGCGGCCCGGGAAGGGUGCCCAGUUGUGCCGAAGUGCAGGCACCCAUGCCACCGUGGUCGCCAAGGGUAGCGACUCCCGCCAGCAGGAGAUCGAGACUGAUCAGCCUGAAGAGGAGAAGAAGCCUCUGACUCUCCGCGAGAAGCAGAAGCAGGAGCGCCUGGCUCAACACAUCACUGUCCGCUUGUCUAGCGGUGAGACUCGUCUCAUCCACAAGGACUGCUGUGCUACUAUUGGUGUUGCCAGCAACCCCAACUACCACUACACUCAGCUGGGUAAGGCCGGUCGUUCGCGCUGGCUCAACAUUCGUCCUACCGUCCGUGGUCUGGCCAUGAACGCCAUGGACCACCCUCACGGUGGUGGUCGUGGUAAGUCCAAGGGUAACGUUGACCCGAAGAGUCCUUGGGGUAUUCCGACCAAGUCCGGCUACAAGACUCGUCCCAAGUGGAAGAUCAACAAGGCUGUUGUGCACCCGAGACCUCGCAACCAAGGCCAACGUCGUCGCGGAUACAACUAG